UGCCACUUUCCCACCACCAACACCCUCAAACUGCCGAUUUUCUCUUUCAUUUCAGCCUCUUUCCCUCUCACUUCCUAGCUCUUUUUUUUUUUUCCUGCGAUCCAAACAUCAAAUCAGACAGAAAGCUAGGAUUUUAUAUUUAUUUAUUUUUCACUUAAAGAUCUGAGCAGUUUUGGCCGUUUAAAGAGUAAGGCUUCACAGAAAAGCGAACAGCUCUCGUCCUUUCCUUUUCUUUGAUUCCAUGCAGUUUUUUUCUUUCGUUUCCCUCGUCCAAACGCUGUCUGAAACAGGGGCGCACUUUAGCUAAACCCCUUAACCCGUGACAGUGGACGUUAGCACACACGGUGCAUUUUCAUUAGCUUACUUUUUUUUUCAAAAAAAGGUCACUAUCGGAAAGUUUGCCCCGGAAGGAGACUUUCUGUUACAUUGUCGGAAGUGGUUCCCCACAAAAAAAGCCGUUUUAUAUAAAUUUUAAAAGCUUACAACUUUUCUCUCAAAAAUAGAAAAUCUUAUUACAGUGUUGAGAGCAAAGAUUGAGUUUUUUUUUUUUUUUUUGUGUGUGUUAUUAUACAGGAACAAAAGAGAGUACGCAAGGGCCAAAAGCUUAAAAGAAGCUUCUUUUUCUUUGCUUCAUGAUCAAACCUCCUAUCUUUCUCUCAGUUUCACUCUUAAAAAAAGCUUGUUUCCGUCGUUUAUUUUGUGGUUGAUCUCUUCUUUUAUUUCUAGAUGUCUUCUUUCUGAUGUCUAAGCCCAUAGAGCAUGAUUACAUAGGAUUGUCAGUGCAACAGCUUCUUUCAAUGGAAAGCUCUGAUAGUAAUAAUAAAAAGAAUGGUUUACACUUAAAAGCUACUGAGCUGAGACUCGGGUUACCAGGGUCUGAGUCACCACAGAGCGAGGAUCAUGACCAUAACGUGCUUUCACUGAAGAGUUUUGUGUCAGGGGCAAAAAGGGUUUUUUCUGACGCACUCGAUGGCGGCGGGAAAUGGGUUUUUUCUGGUGGGAGUGGAGGAGGAUCUGAAGGGUUGUUUUCUCCUCGAAGUGGCGGUAAUAAUGGAGGAAAUGGUCUUUCCGGGUCCGACUCAGGUUUGGGUAGUCUAGUUUUGAAGGAUGGAGCAGCUACGAAGCCAGUGUUGGUUCAAGAGAAGAAACCUCAGGUUGCUGGUGGUAGUGGUCAUGGGACUGGGAAUAUUGCUCCUGCUUCAAAGGCACAAGUAGUUGGAUGGCCACCAAUUCGCUCUUUCCGGAAGAAUACAAUGGCUUCUCAUCCCCCAAAGGAUGAUGACGAUGCAGAAGCCAAGUUAGGAGCAGGAUGUCUGUAUGUCAAAGUUAGUAUGGAUGGGGCUCCAUACCUAAGGAAAGUUGAUCUCAAAAUCUAUGGCAGCUAUAAAGAACUCUACUCGGCACUUGAAAAGAUGUUCAGCUGCUUCACAAUUGGUCAGUGUGGUUCUCAUGGAGUUUCUAGCCGGGAUGGAUUGAGUGAGAGUCGAUUAAUAGAUCUACUACAUGGCUCUGAGUAUGUACUCACCUAUGAAGAUAAAGAUGGUGACUGGAUGCUGGUCGGUGACGUUCCCUGGCAGAUCUUUACUGACUCUUGUAAGAGGUUGAGGAUCAUGAAGAGUUCAGAGGCUAUCGGCCUAGCCCCGAGGGCUAUAGAGAAGUGCAAAAAUCGUUCAUAGACGAUUUAGUGUUGCUGUAACUACUAAGGCAGAAGAGGGAGUACUAUCUCAAUGUCAAAAGCCUUUUACUAUUCUCAAAACUUGGUUUUCUGUUUCUUGCUAUGCUUCUAAGCAUUGAAGACAUAUGUAUAAGUGCUUAGAGGAAAAAAAAAAAAAAAGACUCGUAGUAGGCAAGAUAUACUAUUUAAGACAUUUCCAGGUUUAUAGGUUUGUUAUCUCCCUCUUGUUUCUGUCUUUGUAUUGGAUUGUUGUCUCUGUUUAAGGCUACUUUCUUUCAUAUGUAAAUGGUUUGCUGACUCUCUCUCAACAAAAUAGGACAUCUGAUAAUCUUCAUUUGAUAAGUUGUCAAUUCCAUGUAAUUGACAUUUGGUUGGCGAGGUAGAAAGGGUGAAGGAGAAAGCGUUUGAAGCUUAGACUACAUGAUAAAAUGGUUUUGAUGGAUUACAUUAUUAGGUGACCAUGGGAUUGGUUUCGUGUGCUCCUAUCUCUGAGGUUCAUUUUUAAAAGAAUGGUACCGUUACAGUAUAGUUAGAGAGCUUUUCUUCUCCACCUCGACUACGCCUUAGAAAUUGCUGAAAAAGGGGGAAGCUCCAAUUCCAUAUCUUAUCAACUAUAACAUCUUGAAUCAACUGAAUCUGUUAUCAGGUGGCAAAUGGUAUAAAAAUAUCGGUUGUUGUUCGUUUGUGAGACAAAAAGUACUCCAUCUAUUGCAUUAGACAAGCCACUUUCAAGAACAGAGCCGUGAACAACUAUUCCUUCGUU